AUGAAUUUCGAGAUUCAUGAAGAGACCGAAGUGAACUCCACCAUCGGUUCAAUACGAGAUGUCGUGCCUACUUAUUCGGGCACAAAAACGGUCUUCAUUUACACCGGUGAUUUCUUCAAUGUGGACAGCCAAUCAGGUGAGGUCAAGGUCAAAACUGUACUUGAUCGUGAAAGCCUCUGUCAGGAGCACAAACAAUGCUGUGGUACUGUAAACUGUACUCUCACUGAAACUGUCUAUGUGAUUAAUGCACAGACAAGAAAUCUUAUGACACCGAUGCACCUAAGGGUCAAGGUGAAUGACAUAAAUGACAACAAACCGAUCUUUGCAAGCUCUAUCCAGCGGGUAAGCAUCCCAGAAAACUCAGAAGUUGGAAAAUCAAUCGGUCUUCGACCGGCUACUGAUGCUGAUGUGGAUCCACGAAACAAGGUUACGCGGUAUCAGUGGUCUGAAGCGACGGAAACUUUUAGUCUGGAUCAGACCAGCCUUCCCGCUAUUCGAUUACGCCUCAAUUCCCCUGUGGAUCGUGAAGUUCGAUCAAAUUACUCCGGUGUCUUGUCGGCUUGCGACAUUCACUCUUGCACCUCGACAGAUGUCUUAAUUGAGAUUGAAGAUGUGAAUGACAACUUGCCUCAGCUCUACAAACGUCGAUAUGGUCUUGAAAUCUCGGAAUCUCUUGCCGUUGGGUCUACCAUCUUGCAUAUGAAUGCCACUGACAGAGAUUCAGCAGAAAAUGCAAGAAUAUUUUACUCAUUCCGUGAGCCGGUCGAUCCAGAUCUGGUGGACACAUUUGAAAUUGUCGCGAACACUGGAGAGAUUCGAUUACGGAGGCCGUUAGAUGCGAAAAUUCGUAGUUCCUAUGAGUUUAGCGUCACCGCAUGUGACACCGUUGCCAGUGAAUGCGCCAGCAAUCCAACUUCAAACGCAGACGUUGAAGUAGUCGUCAAGGAUGUUAAUGAUAACAAACCUAUAAUUGAGAUUGUUCCCGCUGGUGAAUCGGUCUCUUCUUCGGACGAUCUUGUAGUUCCAGAAAACUAUUUACCCGGUCACAUCGCAGUGGUUAGGGUCAAAGACGCCGAUAUUGGGGAGAACUCACGUACCACCUGUGAAUUAGACAGCCAUACUACAUUUGAGCUCUCUCAUAGUGCCCCAGGUCUCUACUCUCUUCGAACCCUUCGAUCUUUUGAUUUUGAACAGGAAUCCAUCCUCACCACAAUUAUUCGCUGUCGAGAUUUUGGCUCGCCGUCACUCAGUUCCACACAAAUUAUAACUCUUCGUAUUCUCGAUGUGAACGAAUACCCACCGGAGUUUCAAAUGCACGAGUUCAAAGCCAGCGUUUCCGAAAAUUCACCACCUGGAGUAGAGGUCAUCAGCCUUAAUGCAGUGGACAGGGAUGGCCAAUCUGAACUGAGCUACAGUCUCGCCCCUCCUCCGCUUCAGCAGGGUGCAAGCGAGGAUUUCUAUGGUGUGGGAAGUUUGCCAAACACCUUUGAGACUCUUGGUGUCAAUGCUUACUUCGAUUUAGACCCGAAAACCGGAGUUCUACGGACCAGUAGGGUGCAACUGGAUCGGGAGGUGAUUGAGAGGAUCACACUGGUUGUGACAGUGACUGACGCACUCACAGAACCCAUCUUCACAGCCACCGCAACUGUCUCCAUUGAGGUUCUGGAUGAGAACGACAACAGCCCAGUGUUUGUCAAUCCACCGGCAAAUAUAGGCCUCCCAUUUGACCAGAAUGACUUAAAGUCUCACACCUUCACAAUAAGAGAGAAUGCACCACGUUAUUCGCAUCUCAGUGGACGUCUUGAAGCUCGUGAUCCUGAUGCUGACCAGAACGGCCAACUUCAGUUUUCUCUUCGCUCCGUCUGGGCUUUGAAAAGUGUCGCUGGUAGCGCUGGCCAUAGCAGUGGAAACAUCUUUGACGAUCUUAGUGGUACUUCACCAGGUCGUCAGCUGGUGGAACAACGCAUCUUCCAAAUCACUCCCGAUGGUGACAUCGAAACGCUGGUUGAAUUCGACAGGGAGCUCGUGGCCAUGUACCUGUUAAAUGUAGCCGUGCGGGACAAUGGAAGUCAACCAUUGGCCACGUCUACGUCCCUCCUUGUCCGCAUUCUGGACGAAAAUGACAAUGCACCAGAGUGGACAUUUCCUACUGAGUCCGCACGCCAGAUCAAUAUCACCACUGCAAGUCCGCCUGGUUCUCUGGUCGCUAGGCUCCAGGCCUUUGAUGUGGACGCAGACGAUGCAGGAAAGGUUGAAUUUCAAGUGCUGGAUUUGAAUGGUCAACCAAUGCCCCCAGUUUCCAUUUCCCGCGGUCUUUACAACGCUCCCGCUCAAUCACCCCGGCUGACCUCCACAGUUGUUCAAGAGGAACUGAUGGGUUAUCGAACUGGACCUUUCUAUCUGAACGGUUCCACAGGCGAAAUCCUCGUUGCUGACCGUCUAGUCCCUCUGAACCUCAAGAUUCGUCUUCGUGCAAUUGAUUGCGGUCACGCUCAGCGCCUCUUCACCGACACUUGGAUGGCCAUAAAUGUGAAGAUGGAUCCCAACGAGUUUGGCGGCUUUUUGGGCGGCGGUCGGACUGGAGCUCUCAAUGUGACCAUCAUUCUUGUCAUGAUCGCUGUCACAGCUAUCAUCUCUCUCCUUCUUAUCAUCGCUAUCGUUUGCGUUCGACGCAAACCUGGUCGAGCAGUGGUUGGCAAUGGAACAGCGGUGGAGCCAGAGGGACGAGUUGUCGCUUACUCCCCCGGAAGCCCUUUCCUCACCACCGAUCCAAGUAAAGAGGCUCUGACUACAAAUACCUGGACCGGACUCUCGAAAGACUUCUACCCUCCUCUGCCUGGAGGUCUACCGGUCGAUGAAAAUGGGCGGUCCUAUGGGUCCCCACUUCUUGGAUCGGAUAAAACCAGCAUCUUCUGCGGCGUCCCACCGCAGGACUCGAUGUAUACACUCUUAGAGCCUAAUGAGGAUAUUAUUAGUGGCACUCUUCCCUUGCAUACAUUUGGGACGAUGUCCCGAAAUUCCAGACAGGCCGGUAUCCUAGCAAGCAUUCAAGGCUCGACCACGGGUAUACGAAUGGCCGGCAGUCUUCAAUACGAUGCGGAUAGCGGAGAUUCAGGUCGUGGUCCCUCCGAAGAUGGCAACCAGUUGAUGAUGUUGGAAAAUCAGCGAGAGGUGGGGAACUACUGGUCCACAGCCGAGGUGUCUCAACUUACCCAAAUUGUAAACGGUCCUGUUUAUGAAUGA